AUGAUUAAUUCAAUUUCUAAAAAUUCAGAAUCUUCUUCACAUACUGUUAACUCUCAUAAUAACAACUCUCAUAGUACUGAUUUACAUAGUACCGACUUAAAUACUACCAAUAGCAACUCUCAUACUACUAAUUCUCAUACUAAUGACUCUCAUAUUAAUGAUAAUGAUGUUGAAAUGAAUAAUAAUGGAGAUGUUUAUUUUUCGGAUUCCUUAUUUUCAGAUUUUGAGAUUUCUGAACCAAUUCUUAAAGCUUUAACUGAGAAUAAUUUUAUUAAAACUACUGAAAUCCAAGCUAAAUGUAUUCCUCCUUUACUUCAAGGUAAAGAUGUACUUGGUAAAGCUAAAACUGGUUCUGGUAAGACAUUGGCAUUUUUGAUACCAAUGGCUGAGGUAUUAUAUCAAGUUAAGUUUAUGCCUAGGAAUGGUACUGGUGGUUUGAUAAUAUCACCAACUCGUGAAUUGAGUUUACAGAUAUUUGAGGUUGGGAAGGAGAUUUGUAAGUAUUUACCACAGACUUUGGGUCUUGUAAUGGGUGGUGCAAAUAGAAAACAAGAGGAAUUUAAACUUGUAAAAGGUGUUAAUAUAUUAAUUGCUACACCAGGACGUCUAUUAGAUCAUAUGCAAAAUACUAAAGGAUUUGUAUAUAAAAAUUUAAUGGUAUUUGUAAUUGAUGAAGCUGAUCGUAUAUUACAAAUUGGAUUUGAACAAGAAAUGAACCAAAUUAUUAAACUUUUACCUAAAAAUAGACAAACUUCUUUAUUCUCUGCUACACAUACUUCUAAUGUUGAUGAUCUAGCCAGACUUUCACUUAAAUCACCAAUAUUCCUACAAGUAUCUGGUAUGGAGAAUGCUACAGUGAGUGGUUUGGAACAAGGAUAUGUAGUAUGUGAAGCUGAGAAUAGAUUCAUGUUAUUAUAUACAUUUUUAAAGAAGAAUUUGGAUAAGAAGAUUAUGGUCUUUUUCAGUAGUUGUAAUUCAGUCAAAUUCCAUGACGAAUUACUUAAUUACGUUGAUAUCCCAGUCAAAUGUAUUCAUGGUAAAAAGAAACAAACUAAUCGUCUUACAACUUAUUAUUCUUUCUGUAAAGCUACUAAGGGUCAUUUAUUAUGUACUGAUGUUGCCGCUAGAGGUUUAGAUAUUCCAAAGGUAGAUUGGAUAGUACAAUAUGAUCCACCAGAUGAUCCUAAAGAUUAUAUACAUAGAGUUGGUAGAACAGCACGUGGUGCUGAAGGUAAAGGAAAAGCAAUAUUAUUCCUAAUGCCAGAAGAAUUGGGAUUUCUACACUAUCUAAAAUCACUAAAUGUGACCAUUAAUAAGUAUGACUUUAACUUGAGCAAAAUCGCAAAUGUACAAAUUCAUUUGGAGAAACUAAUUGAAAAGAAUUAUCAUCUCAAUCGAUCAUCUAAAGAAGCUUAUCGUUCAUAUCUUCAUGCAUAUAUGUCACAUAGUUUGAAGGAUAUAUUUAAUGUACAUUCACUUGAUUUGAAAAGAGUAGCAAAGUCAUUUGGAUUUUCAACACCACCUAAAGUUGACCUGAAUACUAAACCAUCAAAUCGAACCAAAUCAAGACUACUCAAGUUCAACAAAUCCAAUCAACUACAUAAAUAA